AACCUACAAGUCAAAGCCAACUAUAUAUGCUUGCAUUGAAUAAUAGUAUUUUUGCAAACUUGGAACUUAUUGCAACAAAAAUAAACCGAAAUCAAGAACUAUCUGGAAGCAAGAAAAAUGAAAUCCAAAAACCAAUUGCAGAUUCUAAAAACAAUCUGUUUUUGACAAAAAUAAGUAUAAAAAGUGAUUCUCAACCAAUAAACAAAAUGUUUUCUUCUGAGUCUCAUCCUUCUUCUAAUGAGGGUAACAAAGAAUAUUAUAAAGAAGAUGAUAUAGAAAUUAAAUUUGACUUAACAAAUAUUUUAACAGAAUUAUAA